CGCGGCCGUCUCGAACUACAAUUCCCAGCGCUCCGCGGAGCGGCGCGGCCCUCCGGCGGCGGCGGCCGAAGAAACGAAAGAGGCUGCCCCGGGAGCUGACUUCACCUUCGGGCCGCAGCAUGAACGGCAGCGUGGCGGGCGGGUUUUCAGAGGAGCUCAUCAGCUUCACCCGCAGGCCCUCAGGGCUGGGCUUCAACAUUGUUGGAGGGACAGACCAGCAGUACGUUCCCAGUGACAGCAGCAUCUAUGUCAGCCGGAUCAAGAAGGAUGGGGCCGCUUACCUCGACGGCCGCUUGCAGGAAGGAGAUAAGAUUUUAGCGGUGAAUGGCAAGGAGUUGAAGGAUUUGCGGCACAAGGAUGCUGUGGAGCUGUUCAGGAAUGCAGGCCGUGAGGUGUCUCUGAAAAUUCAGCGCAGGUUGCAGACACAGAAUGGCCCUGUGGGUCAUGGAGGUGAUGACGGAGAGUCGGGUGGGCUCCCUCUGGCAGCCAUCCUUGUGCCAGGCCUGGCACUUGCUGCAGCAGCGCUCUGGCUCCUGCUGAGGCAUCGGCAGCGGAUGUGAAGAGCUCCCAGUUUGGAUGUCACUGCAUCUUUUACACAGCUAUGAUGUAAUUUAAAGAUAGAGAAUCAACGGCCUUACCACAGACUGCUGACAAAAAGGAUCAUUGCCUAUCAUAAAGCUGCUGCUGAUGUUCUUUACUGAUUUUGUUGCAGGGUGGAUUUCUGAAGCAGAGAGGAAAAGGGAAAGGGAGACUGUCCACAUGUAGAGGAAGUUUUGCCAUACCCCUCUAUUUUGCACCAGGAACUUUCAAACACAUUCAUUUAUUCCAUGUUUUAAGAUGCAACUUUUGGUUUAGGGAGUGGGGGUUGGGAUGGUUUUAAAUUCAGACACAUUUGCUAGAGACUUUGCCUUAUUUCCACUGAAUUUUUUCUUGAAAUUAGUGAUCCCUCUCCAAAGCAUGAGAAAAGAGAAGCAAUGCAGAGGGUGUGUUAUUUUUUUCCAUUGGAUUUUUGUUGGUUGUUGCUAAAUAAAUGCCUUAAGGAGAAUGUAUAAAA